UACAUUACAUACAUAACUCUUGUUGUUCACCUGAACUUUAAAGUUACUUCAUUUUAUUAAUUACAAGCGAAUUGUUUUGGCAUGGCAUCAAGGUCAUAUUCAUGGAAUGUGUCCAUGGGGCGAAGCAGGAGAUAUGGACAACACAGAAGUUGGCCUUCGAUGAGUUUCAAUCAAGUGUGGGAAUCACAUGUUUUCAACACAACGGGUGGAGAUAUUCAAGAGGAAAAGGAGGAGGAACUUAUAUGGGCUGCAAUCGAACGUUUACCUACGUUCGAUCGCAUGAGAAAAGGGGUGUUAAAUCUAAUGCAUGAUGAUGGAAAGAUUGUGCAAUGCCCAAUUGAUGUUACUGAUCUAGGGGUGGAAGACAAGAAGAUACUGCUUGAGAGUAUGAUAAAGUGUGUUGAGGAUGACAAUGAGAAAUUUCUACGCGGUCUGCAAGAUAGAGUUAACAGGGUGGGGAUUGAAAUUCCAAAAAUUGAAGUACGGUUCGAAAAUGUAUCGGUGGAGGGAAAUGUGCAUGUUGGUAAUAGAUCACUUCCUACCCUGCUAAAUGCUACUCUUAAUGCUUUUGAGAAUAUUCUGGGAUUGUUUCCCCUCGCACCAUCCAAAAAGAAAAUUGUCCGUAUUCUUAAAGACGUUAGUGGAAUCAUCAAACCAUCAAGGAUGACCCUACUUUUGGGUCCUCCGGGUUCAGGGAAAACAACAUUGCUCAAGGCACUUGCAGAGACUCUUGAUCGUGAUUUAAGGGUUAGUGGGAAAAUUACUUAUUGUGGGCAUGAACUAAAUGAAUUUGUUGCUAGAAGAACAUGUGCCUAUAUUGGUGAACAUGACCUUCAUUAUGGAGAAAUGACGGUGAGAGAGUCAUUAGAUUUUUCAGGACGCUGUUUAGGCGUUGGAACAAGGUAUGAAAUGUUGGAGGAACUUUUAAGAAGGGAGAAAGGAGCGGGAAUUAAGCCAGACCCUCAGAUUGAUGCAUUCAUGAAGGCAACAUCACUAUCUGGCCAGGAAGCCAGUUUGAUAACAGAUUACGUUCUCAAGUUGCUUGGACUGGAUAUUUGUGCUGACACUAAGGUUGGUGAUGACAUGAGAAGGGGUAUCUCUGGUGGACAAAGAAAGCGAGUCACAACAGGGGAGAUGCUGGUAGGACCAGCAAAAGUACUGUUCAUGGAUGAAAUAUCAACAGGAUUAGAUAGUUCAACCACUUUUCAAAUAACCAAGUUCAUGAAACAAAUGGUUCACAUAUUAGAUGUAACAAUGGUGAUUUCUCUUCUACAACCAGCACCAGAGACAUUUGAACUCUUUGAUGACAUUAUCCUACUUUCAGAAGGUCAAAUUGUAUACCAAGGACCACGCGAAAAUGUGUUACAGUUUUUUGAAACCAUCGGUUUCAAAUGUCCUCCAAGAAAAGGAGUAGCUGAUUUUUUACAAGAAGUAACAUCCAAAAAAGACCAACAACAAUAUUGGUUUAGAAGAGAUAAACCUUAUAAAUAUGUUUCAGUUUCUGAAUUUGUUGAUUCCUUUGAUUCAUUUCACAUUGGAGAGCAGCUUGUGACGGAGCUUAUGGUUCGGUAUGAUAAGAGACAAACUCACCCAGCUGCAUUAGUGAAAGAAAAGUUUGGAAUAUCAAAGUGGGAAAUAUUGAAGGCAUGUAUUUCAAGAGAAUGGUUACUUAUGAAACGUGAAUAUGCUGUUUUCAUGUUCAGAUUUACACAAUUAGCAGUGGUGGCGAUUUUGGUAGCUACUUUGUUUCUUAGGACUGACAUGCCUUUUGGAAGCAUUGAAGAUGGACAAAAAUACUUUGGAGCAUUGUUUUUUACUCUAAUGACUAUGAUGUUUAAUGGGCAUUGUGAACAAGCAAUGAUUGUUGACAAACUUCCUGUUUUUUACAAACAAAGGGAUUUCAUGUUCUUUCCUGCAUGGGCCUUCGGUUUGCCUCAAUGGCUUAUAAGAAUCCCAAUUUCAUUUAUUGAACCAACCAUUUGGGUUCUGCUUACAUACUAUACAAUUGGAUUUGCUCCAUCACCUAGCAGAUUUUUUCGACAUUAUCUGUUAUGUGUUAGCGUUCACAAUAUGGCUGUUGCUCUAUUCCGACUUGUUGGUGCAAUUGGUAGAACACAAGUUGUUUCAAAUAUUCUAGCUGGUAUGGCCUAUCAAAUUAUAUUUGUUCUUGGAGGAUUUAUCGUCUCUAGAGAUGAUAUUAAGCCAUGGAUGUUAUGGGGAUAUUAUGUUUCUCCUAUGGCAUAUGGUCAGAAUGCCAUCGUAAUAAAUGAAUUUUUAGAUGAAAGAUGGAGCAAGCCAAAUACAGAUCCUAGAAUUGAUGCUACUACUGUUGGGCAAGUACUUCUUAAAGCUAGAGGAUUUUAUACACAAGACUAUUACUUUUGGAUAUGCAUUGGAGCAUUGUUUGGGUUUUCUCUUCUUUUCAACCUUCUCUUCAUUCUCGCAUUAACUUAUUUGAAUCCUAUAGGUGGUUCAAAUGCAUUCAUCAAGGAUGAAGGCGACGAGAAUAAUGAAAAUUCAACCCUCAUACAAAUUACAAAUAAAGAAACUACCUGCUCUUUCAAUCAAGAACAAAGAACGGGAAUGGUUUUACCGUUUCGACCUCUUUCACUUGCAUUCAAUCAUGUGAACUAUUAUGUUGACAUGCCUGAUGAAAUGAAGAGUCAGGGAAUCAAUGAAGAUAGACUUAAACUACUACAUGAUGUUAGUGGUGCUUUCAGACCAGGAAUAUUAACAGCACUUAUGGGUGUCAGUGGUGCUGGAAAGACAACCCUCAUGGAUGUAUUAGCCGGAAGAAAAACAGGUGGAUAUAUUGAAGGAAGUAUUAACAUCUCUGGUUACCCAAAGAACCAAACAACAUUUGCUCGAGUCAGUGGUUAUUGUGAGCAAAAUGAUAUUCAUUCUCCCUAUGUAACUGUCUAUGAAUCUUUACUAUUUUCUGCAUGGCUUCGCCUUCCUUCAGACGUUAACAAACAGAAAAGAAAGAUGUUUGUUGAAGAAGUCAUGGAAUUAAUUGAGCUUAUACCAAUCAGAGACGCACUUGUAGGCUUUCCAAGAGUGAAUGGCUUAUCAACAGAACAAAGGAAAAGGCUUACUAUUGCUGUGGAAUUGGUUGCUAACCCUUCAAUCAUCUUCAUGGAUGAACCAACAUCAGGCCUUGAUGCUAGAGCCGCUGCCAUUGUGAUGCGAACUGUGAGAAACACAGUAGACACAGGGAGAACUGUUGUGUGCACAAUUCACCAACCAAGCAUUGAUAUUUUUGAAGCUUUUGAUGAGUUAUUGUUGAUGAAAAGGGGAGGACAAAUUAUCUAUGCAGGACCUCUUGGUGAACAAUCACAUAAGCUCGUAAAAUAUUUUGAAGCUAUUGAGGGGGUUCCAAAAAUUAAGGUUGGAUAUAAUCCUGCCACAUGGAUGCUUGAGAUCAGUAGUUCUUCAACUGAGGCCCAACUUAAUGUAGAUUUUGCAGAGAUUUAUGCCAAUUCUACACUUUACCGAAGGAAUCAAGAGCUUAUCCAAGAAAUAAGUACUCCAACAGCAGGUUCCGAGGAUUUAUUCUUCCCAACAAAAUAUUCCCAACCAUUUUUUAUGCAAUUCAAAGCUUGUUUCUGGAAACAAUAUUGGUCAUACUGGAGAAAUCCUCCAUAUAAUUGCGCUCGGUUCAUCUUCACAAUAUCCAUUGGAUUAUUGUUCGGCCUAAUCUUUUGGAAUAAAGGCGAAACAUUUCAAAAAGAACAAGAUUUAUCUAAUCUUGUGGGAGCCAUGUAUUCUGUUGUAAUGAUCCUUGGAACCAUUAAUGUGAUGGGAGUGCAACCAGUUGUUGCAAUGGAACGAAUUGUUUUAUAUCGUGAAAGUGCUGCAAGGAUGUAUUCUGAAUUGGCUUAUGCAUUUGGUCAGGUGGCAAUAGAGAUAAUUUAUAACUUAAUCCAAACAGCCGUAUACACUACUCUAAUUUAUUUCAUGAUGGGGUUUGCAUGGAAUGCAACAAAAUUCUUAUUUCUGUACUAUUUUUUGUCGAUGUGCUUAAUCUUCCUCACCUUGUAUGGGAUGAUGACGGUUGCUUUAACCCCAAGUUACCAACUUGCUUGCAUUUUCGGUCCUGUCUUGAUGAGUAUCUGGAACUUGUUUUCUGGCUUUAUCAUUCCUAGGAUGAAAAUCCCAAUAUGGUGGAGAUGGUACUAUUGGGCUUCUCCGAAUGCUUGGGCAGUCUAUGGCAUAAUCACCUCUCAACUAGGAGACAAAAUUGCAGAAAUUGAAAUCCCAGGAGUUGGAUACAUGGGGCUUAAGGAAUAUCUCAAACAAACUUAUGGUUUUGAAUAUCACUUCCUAUCUGUGGUUGCUAUUGCUCAUGUGGGUUGGGUUCUUCUUUUCCUCUUUGUGUUUGCCUAUGCCAUGAAAUUCUUAAACUUCCAAAAGAGAUAGGUUGUGAUCAUCUUUUUAUGAGAGGGUCUUUUGCUUAUUGCCCCAGUUGUGUGUAUAAAAUAAAAUA